AUGGCUGGUAACGACUACCUACUCUUCGAUGAGGUUGAGGUCAACCCUCACGGGGGAGUGCAGGAGGCGAGGGAGAUAGGCGCUAAUGCAGUCGAGAGAGACCGAUCUCUCCCGACACGAAGAGUGUGGCCAGCUGUCGUGAAGGUCCCUUGGAUUGAUGAUCGUAGACCUAAGCAGAAUUAUGAUGCCAUCAGAGGCCGAGAUUUGAAGAUCACACAGAGGCUGGCCAAGAGACCUGAAGAGUUAGCAGCGUAUGAAGCGGCCGUGGACGAGCUCUUGAAGUCCGGGGCGGUCGAGGAACUCCCACUGGGGGAGGACCCGAGGAAAUGGGCUUACCACUAUAUGU